AUGGAAACAGUGAAGGAAUCAAUUGCUGCUCUCUCAGAUUCGGUGAAUACCAAAUUGAAUGAUUUCCAGCGAGACUUAGAUAAAGUCAGUUCUAACUCCCCACUAACAACAGCGUCAUUGGCUGCAGAGUUCAUGUCGUUUAAGUCAUUUAUUUUUUCUGCCUUAAAUGCAUUACAACGCCAGGUCGAAUUACUGGGCGGUGAGAUUGACCGCCUAGAGACCAGGAAAAGGCGUAAGAUGUUGCUUCUGCAUGGAGUGCCUGAGGAAAAAGCUGAAAACACCUCUGCGAUAGUUACAGCCCUUGCUGCGGAUCAUCUUAAUCUCGCUAAUUUUUCAAGCAGUAGUAUCAAGGCUUCUUACCGCCUAGGCCGCUCUUUAGACCAAAAGCCUAGACCAAUAGUGGUUAAAUUCACCGAUACUGCUGUCCGCGAUAAGGUUUGGUUCGCAAAAACUAAACUUAAGGGUACAGGAUAUACGCAAUCCGAGUUUUUAACAAGGACUCGCCAUCAGGUAUUUAUGGAGGCGAGGCAACGUUUUGGCAUCAGUAACUGCUGGACGCGUGAAGGCUGUAUCCACAUUGUGACAACGGAUGGUGAACGCCAUAAGGUGGAGACAUUGUCAGACCUUAGGAGUAUCUCAAAUACUCAGAAAUCCCCAAUACCUGAGAAAAGUGAAGCCCCCAAGCCUGCUGAACAUAAGCAACUGGCGCUUUCGCGCACAAAGAGAACCGCUAAACAUAAGUAGUUUUUAUAUUCGUUUUUCUUUGUGUGAUCUUAAUUUAUUAUAUUCAUUCGUGUGUAUUUACCCUGAUAGUAUAUUCUUAUGAUAACCUCUAUUUUUUUUUUUUAUUAUUAUUUUUAUAUACAUUUAUAUGUAAGGUAAAUUCCACUAUUUCAUUUUGUACUUACCUGCAUUUAAAAUAUACCUGAACUGUUUGGCAUUAGAGUUUAAUUUAAUCAAUUUAUUUACAAAAAUAUUAAAGAUAUUUACGAUUCCAAUCAACUGAUUGGC